CAUCAUUUCCGUACAGCUUGAGCAAGAAACGGCGGAGGACAGGUGAGCGAGAGAAACAACUAUAGUCUAUCUGUAAGCAACUUCACGGACACAAAUCUUAAUCCCGGAAGCUUUGAGAAAAUCCACAGGCCAAACAAAUAUUCAUUGCCUCUUUCUGUAAUUUGCUGGGGCUCUCAUUGUUUUUGGGGGGUUUGUUGGAUAUAGAACACGAAGGUGGUCUUGCGUCAGUUGGACUCAAAUCAGGGAAUUUUGCGGCUUUCUUGAUAAAAGCUGGGGUCUUUCAAGUUCCACCUGGCUUUUGUUGUUCAUGCUGGUUUUGAGUAGUUGCUGGUAAUCACAAUUGAAUUUUGUUCAAUUACUGCAAGGUCUACUUGAUAACAGAACGUGUGGAGACUGACCAUUUUAAUUUUAGACCUGAUAAGAUCAAUCAAACAGCUUGUAUGAAGUUAUGAACGGGAGAGGAGAGGACGUGUAAAAAUGACUUAUUUCAAUGGAAAAUGCUAGGUGCUCCAUAAUUUUAUGAAGAAUUUUUUCCAUAGAGGCUAUGCCAAUAUGAUUGCUUGCCCUCCCAUUAGCACAUGUGCAAAGAGUGUUGUCUACAUAAGGAGCAAUAUUCAAACACAGAUGGGCAGCAAGAUCUGCACUGUGAUGUCUCGAGGAUCAUCCAGGUCAUGUUGCUUCUGCGUGUAUCCUAGGAAUUCAAGCACAAAAUAUGCUUCUCUAUCUCUCUCCAAGAAUUGUUCAUCUGUUAUUGGCCAAACAUUCCGCGGAAACUUUGUAAGCUCUUGUUUCUCGAAGGAAAGAAGAAGCCAACAGUUUUUAUCAGUUAAGAGUUUAGUAAAUGCUGGAGGGAGAAGACAUCUUAAAAUUUCAUUGACAAGCCAGGGUAUGAGCAUGAGAUUUUUUGUUCCCAAACAAGGAAAGGUUCCUAAAAUCAAUAUUAAUGCAGGACCAGUAUCUUGGUCAGUAGGAUGUUCCUCUGCUGGUUUAAUUUCUGGGUUAUCGAUCUGUUGUUCAAGUUCUAACCCACUAUAUGCUGAAGCAAUGUUGGAAGCGAAGGAUGAAGAAGAUGACUGUGAUUUAUCAUAUGUUAAAUUCUUCAAUGGAAAGAAAGUCUACACUGACUAUUCCAUUAUUGGGAUACCUGGAGAUGGAAGAUGCUUGUUCCGCUCUGUAGCUCAUGCAGCUUGUUUACGAUCUGGGAAGCCAGCUCCAAGUGAGAGCCUCCAGAGAGAACUAGCUGAUGACUUAAGAUCUAGAGUUGCAGAUGAGUUUAUCAAAAGGAGGAAAGAGACGGAAUGGUUUGUGGAAGGUGAUUUUGACAUGUAUGUUUCACAAAUUAGGAAACCACAUGUAUGGGGAGGUGAGCCUGAAUUGUUCAUUGCUUCACAUGUUCUCCAGAUGCCAAUCACUGUCUACAUGUACGAUAGAAAUGCUGAUGGUUUGAUAUCCAUCGCUGAGUAUGGCCAAGAAUAUGGCAAGGAAAAUCCAAUUAGAGUUCUUUAUUAUGGUUACGGUCAUUAUGAUGCAUUGCAGAUUCCUGGAAAGAAGGGCAGUAGAUCAAGACUGUAACAUAAUAUAGAACAAAUAGGAAAAUGAAUAAAGUUUUUUUACAUUAUAGUAUUACAUAUUUGUAUCCUUAAUUGUAACAAAACACUCGAUUAAAUGAAGGUUUCACCCUAUGCAUUUUUUUUUUUU